UUUUCUCACCAUCUUGCCGAGGGUAAAGAGGGACCGGAUAAAAUAAACCACCGGAUAAAUUAAAACCAGGUCGAUGGAUGGGGCGCCCGUUAUAUGACCACAAAAAAUCCCACUGUCCGCCAUCAACUGUCAAAUUGAACGAAAAACAAAAACAUCGAAUUUGCGCAACGAACGGACAACAACAAACCUUUUUGUGCGUAUUUUACGCGAAAAACUAAAAUGUUUAGCGGUCUUUUCUUCGGACGAACGUGCGUACGGUUAAACUGGAAAUCGGUCGUGUUUUUGAUGAUGUCGCUCGUCCUAUCCCACGUACGAAUCACCCAAUCAUCCGUGAACUCCAACAAUCCGGAAGUGACCCCCACGAAGCUGGAGAAGACAAGCUCCGAUACGGACCGGUCGGCGGUCACCAUAAAUUCGAACACAAAACCCUCCGAUACCAGUCACUGCCCGGUCGAUGUGCUCUGUGGCGAUCUGCCCAACUCUUGCCUGCAGUGCAACUACAUCCCGAACUGCGUGUACGGGGCGGAAGUGAACGUAACCUGCAUUCCAAAGAACAACGUAAACUGCCAGUGGGACAGGGCACGGCCGUCGGUCAGUCAGGGCGAGUUGAAGCGACCGAUGAUCUGCCGGUACUGCUACCAGACCGAACGCUGGGAGCACGUUUGCGAGCAGAAGGGUAACUGCAAUUCGAUCGGUUCCGAGUUCAAAACCAACUGCACGGUCCACCCGGAGAUCCUGUGCAUGGGCAACCGCACGUUUAUGAAGAAAAUUCCGUGCAACUGGACGCAGGGCUACCGGUGGUCGACAACGCUCAUGCUCAGCAUCACGCUCGGUGGGUUCGGUGUCGAUCGGUUCUUCCUUGGCCACUGGCAGGAAGGGAUCGGUAAGCUGUUCAGCUUCGGCGGUCUGGGCGUUUGGACGCUGAUCGAUGUGUUGUUGAUCUCGCUGCACUAUCUCGGGCCCGCCGAUGGAUCACUGUACAUCUAGGAGAGCUGCUGCAGUGCUGCAGCACUGAUAAGCAAAAUUUGUGAUACACGCGUUAGUUUCUGUUAAGUGAAGGACAUCCUACAAGUAAAGCUAAUAGUUCCAUACAGAUCGAGCUGCUUCUUAUGCUGUUAUCCCAACGUUUGUCAUGUGUCUGGACGUCUUCAAUUCACCGGCGGCAAUGCGCCAGAAAC